UAUUGAUUUGCUACAUGCCACAGAACAGGACAGGAUUAUAAUUCCCUCUUGGAUUUAAAAGUCAUCGAUUUUUACCAUUCAUCAACUUCAAACUUUUCUGAUCGUCUGGGUCUGCAAAUUGCGCACGGAGAUGGCGCAAAGGUACGAUGAGCUGGCUCAUUACGGAGGUGCGAUGGAUGGAGUCGGAGUCGCAGCCUCCAUGUACGGAGACCCGCACGCCCCCCGGCCCCUUCCCCAGGUCCACCACCUGAACCACGGGCCUCCCCCGCACCCAACGCAGCACUAUGGAGCCCACGCUCCGCACAACAUCAUGCCCAGCAGCAUGGGCAGCGCCGUCAACGACGCAUUAAAGAGAGACAAGGACCAAAUCUACGGCCAUCCUUUAUUCCCACUGUUGGCUCUGGUUUUCGAGAAGUGCGAGCUGGCGACCUGCACGCCCAGAGAGCCUGGGGUGGCGGGAGGAGAUGUCUGCUCCUCCGACUCCUUCAAUGAAGACAUAUCUGUAUUUGCAAAACAGAUCCGCGCAGAGAAGCCUUUAUUUUCUUCCAACCCAGAGCUGGAUAACUUGAUGAUUCAAGCGAUUCAAGUCCUACGAUUUCAUCUCCUGGAAUUAGAGAAGGUCCAUGAGCUCUGUGAUAACUUCUGCCACCGGUACAUCAGUUGCCUAAAAGGCAAAAUGCCCAUCGACCUGGUCAUAGAGGACCGAGACGUCUGUAAGUCGGACUUCGAUGACCUCUCCGGAUCCUCCACCAACAUCGCAGAUCAUAACCCAGCGUCCUGGAGAGACAUGGAUGACGCCCACUCCACGCCCUCUGUGGGCACCCCGGGACCGUCCAGUGGGGGACACGUCUCUCAGAGUGGCGACAACACCAGUGAACUCGGAGACGGCCUCGACAACAGCCUGGCAUCACCGGGCACAGGAGACGAGGAUGACCAGGACAAGAAGAGGCAGAAGAAACGAGGCAUCUUCCCCAAAGUAGCCACAAAUAUAAUGAGAGCAUGGCUCUUCCAGCACCUUACGCACCCAUACCCCUCAGAGGAACAGAAAAAGCAGCUAGCACAAGACACAGGCCUCACCAUCCUUCAAGUGAACAACUGGUUUAUCAAUGCAAGGAGGAGAAUAGUCCAGCCUAUGAUUGACCAGUCUAACAGAGCAGUGAAUCAGAGUACUGCUUACAGUCCAGAUGGCCAGCCAAUGGCAAGCUUUGUUCUUGAUGGGCAGCAGCACAUGGGUCUCAGACCUGGAGGGCCGAUGGGGGGGGGCAUGGGCAUGAACAUGGGCAUGGACGGACAGUGGCACUACAUGUAAAUCCACUCCACUGAGGCAAGUCUGAAAAACAGGGUGAAGCUUCCAUGGUUGGCUCAGGGAUCUUCUUCCACCUGGCUGUGGAGCUCAGUAUCGGAGCUGCCUCUGCAGUCGCACGUCAAACCCAUCUGACCGUACACCCACCUGACCACUCCCACCUCACCCAGCCCGAGCCCGCACGGUUCGCGUGUAGAGGAUCACCAUGGAAACGUCAAACUUUGACUUUUAAACUGAACAAAGAAUCGAAGCUUUACGGCUGCACAGAAAAUACAAUGACCAAGGACUUCAUAGUGAAGAGAAGCAGUUUGACACGUCUCCACCAUUUCUUUUUAAAUUAUUUAUUUAUUUUUCUACAAGGGCAGACCACGGGGAAGACUUUUUGUUCUCUUUUUCUCAUAUUUCAAUUAAAGCUUUACCCCCAAAACCCAAAUAGCCUAUGCCCAUCCCUUCCGAAUAAAAGUGUUAAAAUAGACACACACACACACACACACACACACACACACACACACACACACACACACACACACACACACACACACACACACACACGCCCUGUCCUUUACGGGACAAAACAAAACAAAACACUGUGAAUAUUUUUGUUUUGUUUUUUUAAAUAUGAGUACUCGGUGAGAGUUUUACUUGUUGUGCUGUAUAAAUUUGUGGUCUUUAUUUGUCUGUUUCUCUCCAUGUUUGCGCUUGUGAUCACUAGACGUUAGAGUGAGCUUUUACCACUGACAUGUUUUUUUUAAAUCCCAAAUUCAACCAAGAUUUUUAAAAGGAAAAAAGUCUCUGAAUGUGUGUCUCUGUUCUCCGUGCACUGCAUCUCUUUCUUCUGUUUUUACUCUCCUUGUGUUCUUAUAUAUUUACUGAAAAGACUUGCUGAGGGAACAUGACUUGAUGACGAGUUGAGUUCCGUUUUCUGACAAUAUUUUGAAUAGUUUUUAGCACCAAAACACAGAGAAGAAGUCAGCACUAAAAAAACAAAAUAAAGACUUUGUUUGAGGUAGACAAAACAAAAGAUUCAGCAAAGUGUUUUAAUGUGAAGAGCAGAUUGUCGGCCUGAGUGUUUCCGUUUUGUUGUUGUUUCCUGAGGUCUCACUUUAAAAAUCCGAACAAGAAAGGUCAGUGUAGGCGUUGGAGAAAAUGUUUUAGACAACGACAUUAGUUGGUGGAGCAGGUCACGUAGCCAGCUCUGGUUCGAUACGAGACGGGAUUGCAGUUGUCUCGCGUUAUUCGAUUGAUGGUGACAGGAAUGAUGGAUGGCCUGGCUGUAAAGUUCAAGAAAAAUCAGAGCAAAGUCGGAGACAGCAGCUUUUACUAAAUGUUGUUGUUUCUAUAGAGUCUGUUCUGCUGGGAUGGUUGGAUGAAUAUGUGUGAGGGAGAGAAAAAGAUGCAAAGAAAUGAAAAAAAAAUGGGGUUUGAGUCACAUUGUU